AUGGCAGAUGACUGGGACUUCGAGACAGGAGUUGCAGGGGCCUCGGCCACCUUCCCAACACAGUGCUCAGCAUUACGGAAGAGCGGCUUUGUGGUGGUCAAAGGCUGGCCAUGUACGAUCAUCGAAAUGUCUACUUCGAAGACUGGCAAGCACGGCCACACCAAGGUUCACGUGGUUGGUAUUGACAUCUUUACAGGGAAGAAAUAUGAGGAUAUCUGCCCAUCAGCUCAUAAUAUGGAUGUCCCCAACAUCAAAAGGACUGACUUCCAGCUGACUGCCAUCCAGGACGGGUACCUGUCACUGCUUCAGGACAGUGGGGAAGUGCGAGAGGACCUUCGUCUGGCUGAGGGCCACCUCGGCAAGGAGACCGAGCAGAGUGUGACUGUGCAGAAGAGACUCUGA